ACGGCUUAGUGGAGAGCAGUCUGGUUCUCGCGCAGCUUGCCGAGGCAACGGUCGGGGUUAUAGCAACCGAAAAGCUCAUCAUCAUCAGACACAACGGGACGACUGAGAGAGGGGACGCUGUCGCACUUCAGUCUUUCUUAAAGGUGGUCCACCACAGCCUGAUUUGAACAGUUCACACCAAACACACACCCAGAGCAGGAGGAUGGCGGUGAAUGUUUACUCCACCUCUAUGACUAUAGAGAACCUGAGUCGUCAUGACAUGUUAGCGUGGGUCAAUGACUCUCUACAUCUCAACUUUACAAAAAUCGAGCAGCUCGGUUCAGGCUCAGCUUACUGUCAGUUCAUGGACAUGCUGUUUCCUGGCUGCAUACUGAUGAAGAAAGUCAAGUUCAAUGCCAAAUUGGAACAUGAAUAUAUUCAAAAUUUCAAAGUCUUACAGGCUUCAUUCAAGAGAAUGAAUGUGGACAAGAUCAUCCCUGUGGAGCGGCUCGUGAAGGGUAAGUUCCAGGAUAACUUUGAGUUCCUUCAGUGGUUUAAGAAGUUUUUUGACGCCAACUAUGACGGGAAAGAGUAUGACCCGCUAAUGAUGCGACAGGGCCAGGAGGGGACGCCGCCGCCGCCUCCGACCAACCAAGGUGAUCCCAUUCACCACAAACUUAAAAGGCCCAUUCGUUCAGGCCCUAUGAGAACAUCUCCCACAGCACCGAAGACUGUUCCCCCCCCUCAGAGGCAGAUCAACACAGCACCAACUCGCAGGAGUGCUCCCAUGUCCCGCAAUGGAGGAGACGCUGAGCUCGUAGAGCUGAACCAGCAGCUGCUGGAUCUGAAGCUGACUGUAGAGGGACUGGAGAAGGAGAGAGACUUCUACUUUGGAAAGCUGAGAGAUAUUGAGCUCAUCUGCCAGGAACAUAAUGACGAAAACCAUGCAUCCCUCGCGAAAAUAAUGGACACACUGUACGCUACAGAGGAGGGAUUUGCACCACCAGAUGAUGAAGAAAUUGACGAAGCAGCACAGGGAGACCACGGAGAGUUUUAGUUUUCCUUCUUCUUCUAAUCACCUCCAUCAACCCACCCACCUCUCACCUUUUAAACUACCUGAUGAUUACUGUCAUAACCCCUUGCUUUUUCCCUGUUUUUUUUUUUUACAAUCUUCCCUUACUCCUACCUACUCGUCUGCGUUUCCAUACCAACAACGACUUUGUUGCACAGCCUAGCUUCCCAAACUCUUACAAGCUAAAGACACUAAACCCAAACCAGUCUGGACAGCCUUAGCUCAGCCGCCUGACUUGGCUUGACUCGACUUAACUCUAGUCUGUCACCAGAGGGGGCGGAUGUACCGCAGGGCUAGUCUAACUUACUACUGUGUGAACUGUUUAAGCUUAAGGAAUGAAAUUAAAGGAAUCCAGCACUUACAGCCUGGAGCUAACAGAGAUAUCAAUCCGUCUGUUUUUUGAAUAGAGGGUCACUUUCUCUCAUUACGCACUUUCUUUGGUGACCACACAAAAAUGCACACAGGAUUUAUGCAGAGUUUAUAUAUGAAAUAACACAAUGUUUUCCACACAAUGUGAUCAGUUUUUUAUUUAUUUUGGCUGUAAUUAUAAAUUGUUCAAGCCCCAUAGUAGAGAGGCCUGCACAUAUAUAUUUUGACAAUCUACUUAUGAUGACAAAUGUGAACAAUAAUUUACCCCCACAAACAUAUCGCAAAAUGUUGAAUUGCUCAUAUGCUUAAAGAUGUCAUCAUUCCUGGGUGAAAAUUUAAAAAAGAAAUAUAUUCCUACUUGUCGAGUUGUCCCAGAGGAGAGGGUUUGCUCAUGAAACUGUUAACAGCUUGUUUAUGAGUGGGCGUGAUGUAUUUAUGUUUUUAUUUAUUUACCUUUUGUAAUUGUCUCUAGUUUCUGAAAACUAAAUAUGUUUUGAAUUUGAUGAAAUUGAAGGUCUUGCACUAAAUGUAGCAUAAACUAAUGGACUGAAUGAUCCAACAUGCCAACAUGCAGUGACUGGCUGCAGCCAGAAAAAGAUACAGGAAGAUGCUAUUUUUCAUAUUUUGUAGACUCGUUUUAAAGAAGUUUGUUUUAUUAUUUGCAUUGAAUUCCUCAAUGGCCAAGUCAGACAGGGUCAGUGUAGAAGUAAUUUAUAAGAAAAGUGUCAGGCUAUGAAUUCUAUGAAUGAACAAAUAAAAAAGACAACAGCAGACACUACUUACUAAACACUAAUGUUUGACUGUUUUAAUUGAAUUAAAAGUUGUAGCUGCUAUCAUUAUUUUUCUGUUGCUAUUUAAUUGAGUUUGUUUAAAAUUGAUAACCCCACAGAGGUUGCAGGUGAACCUCGGCUGUGAUUUAUUGUGACUGACAGGUAAAGUUGUUGUCAGACCAGCCCAUGAGAACAAAGCAACGAACCCUCUCUCACCAUCUGUUGCCAUGGCAGCCACAUGAUUAACAUGCAUCAUUUGGAGUUUCUGCUGCAGUGAAAUAAAGCUUUGAGGGUAAAGAAAAACAUUA